AUGACAAAGGAGAAGACACUGCCCCAGCCAGCUAAUACUUUAGCUAUGGCGGGUGACAAUACCUACAACGAAAACAGUGGCCAACAAUAUCUUGCGAUGGAAGCUUGCUUGCCAUUGUUUGAAAGCCUCGGCUUUGGGGUCAAUGCAACAUUCGUAGAUUAUGGUUGCUCUCAGGGAGCUGCUAGCAUGGCGGUCAUGCAACGACUUGUUUCCCAACUUCCCACCAACUCCACCGCGACUUUGGUUUUCAACGAUCUCCCUUCGAAUGAUUUUAAUAGCUUGAUCAAGCUUCUGCCAAGUAUCAAGUCUUUUGAUUCAACCAAAGUACUUUACCCAUGUAUUAUUCCCAACUCGUUUUAUAACCCCAUCAUGCCCCAAAGCACUGUUGAUGUCGCCUUUGCUUUAUCAAGCAUUCACUGGCUGCGUCAAGUACCGCCACCAAAAUCUACCUCGGAAAGCUUCGAAGAAUUUCUUCGUAAGCGUGACAGUCGCAACUCGGCAGCCUCCCAUAAAGACCUUGUCGAAUUUUUGAAUUUGCGCGGUCGAGAGAUCAAGUCCGGCGGGAAACUUAUCGUCGCUGCACCAUCCCCAUGCGCGGACAAUGAGGAUGGAAGGAUUACUGGAAAUGAACGGCUACGCUGCGCAUUAUUCAAGGCCAUGGAAAGUCUUAUCGCCGUCGGAAAACUACCACCCAACGCCACGGCCGGGAUUUAUCCGCCAAACCAUGUCCACACAGAACAGUCCUUUCGCGCGGCUAUAAACGAAACUAAAAGGAUCUGGAAAAUAGAGAAAGCAUACAGUCGAGUGAUUCCUCACCCAGCAUACCAAGCUAUGUUAGAAUCACAGAAAGGGUUGCGAGAUAUAGAACUCCAGAAGGCCUUCGAGCGCGCGUACGCAAAUACCGUCGUCGAUUGGAUUUUGGCUGUAUUCAAGCCGUUUAUGAAAUCAUGGUGGAUAGAAGAGGGCCUCGAUGAAGAAGCAUGCGAGCAUGUUUUUCAAGAGUGUUCUAGCCUGGCCAAAAUCGAAUUUGUCAAAAAUGCAGGGGCUCAGCUACCAGUUGCUCAAGACUUUAUUUUUGUUAGGCUUAACAGGUGCUAG